AUGUCCAAAUUGCGCGAGUUCGGUACCAUUGUAUCCGGCAAUCGUCAGAAAUGCCAGGAUUUCACUCCCGAACAGCGUGCCUUUAUACUUGGCGCAGCAGGCGCUGGCGCAAAACACGCCGAGAUCGCGGAGGCACUUGGCACCAAACGGCAGCGAGUCGGCGAGCAAAUCAUGAAGGCUACUAAACGACGACAGCUUGCUUCAAAACCCCGUCAAGGCAGACCCUCCUCAAGAAAUGGCGCGCCGCCUGCCGCAUCGAACUCACGAAAGAAGACGCCGCCGAACGGUACCAAUUCUGCCUAG